AUGGCCACCAACGGCAGCUCCGCGAGGGUUCGGGACACGGAGAGCAGCCUGGAGAAGGUGAAGCGGCAGCUGUCGUCGGGGUCCGGGAGGUACCUGCUGCAAGGGCCCCUGCUCAAGCGAUCUGAGACGUUACGGAAAUGGAAUGAACGUUGGGUCAUAUUGGAUCCGACAUCUGGAAAGAUGGAAUACAAACUCCGGAGAAAUGAAACUGCCAUUAAGGGGACCAUUCUGUUUGACGCCUCAAGCACCAUUACUUUAUCUCCUGUGAACUUUCAUGCAACUCAGUUAGUCUUACGAGCUCAUAAAGAGGCAGUAAAUUCUUUGGCUGGGAAUGGCUCUCCAGCUACAUUAGGCACAGUUGCUACUGCAGUUGCUAAUGCUAAUGCAACAGCCAUGGAGGCUACCAAGGAGAUAGAAGCUGCACUAAAGGUUUCAAUGAGGGCAGCUCUUGGGUUGGGUACAAAUAACUCCAACGAGGGCCAACUUGAUGACCUAACAAUCAUGAAGGAGACUCUACGAGUGAAAGAUGAGGAAUUGCAACAUUUGGCUAAGGAUAUCCGUUCUCGAGAUGCUACAAUAAAGGAAAUAGCAGACAAAUUAACAGAAACUGCAGAGGCUGCAGAAGCUGCUGCUUCCGCAGCUCAUACAAUGGAUGAACAGAGGCGACUUUUGUGUUUGGAGAUUGAGCGACUAAAACAAGCCUUGGAAAGACAAAUAGAGCAAUCAAUGCUUAAGCUUAGACAAUCAGAAGAGAAGGUUAUCAGCCUGAGCAAAGAGAAGGAGCAGUUGAUGAAGGAAAGAGAUGCUGCAUUUCAAGAGGCUCAUAUGUGGCGCAUUGAACUAGGAAAAGCCAGGGAGCAAGCAGUGAUACAGCAAGCAACUAUUGCCCGAGCAGAGGAGAAGGCAAGAGUUUCUGAAGCUGAUGCUGCAGCUCGGAUUAAGGAAGCUGCUGAAAAAUUGCAUACUGUUGAGAAAGAAAAGGAGGAGCUUCUAGCCCUGGUUGGUGUUCUCCAAUCACAAGUCCAGAGAGAGCAGAGCAGCACAAAGCAAGUAUGUGAAGAGAGGUCUGAAUCAUGUUCAGGCGCCGACAAUUCCCUUCCCUUAACGAAGCAUGUUGAUGCAUCGGAUGAUGAUGUGGACAAAGCCUGCGUAAGUGACUCUAGAUCAGUGCUGGUUUCAAGCGAUAGCACUGAGGUCCAGCUGGCUGUGGAUGGGGUGGACAUCCGUCCUGUUGGCGAUGCAGAGUGGGGUGGCUUCCAGCAGUCAGAAGCGCUGAUCGCUGAUGUUCGGGAGGUCUCCCCAGAGGCAGAUGGCGGCAGCUUGGAUAUUCCUGUGGUCAACCCCCCACCAGUCAGUGAUCAUAUCCAGGGAGGCGCCACCCAUCCCUGA